CCGUAUGGUUGCUUGUGAAAAGUGCGCUGUGAAAUAAUAAGUAUUAUUUAACAAUUAUAUUUAAAUUUAAACGUAACAAAACAUUAAAAGUGUUGAACACAAGUGCCCAAGAUUCACUUCACUCGAAAGUACUCAGGUGUAUUAGGUCCGCAUUACAAUUUUCUAUUACUUGCUUAGAUCACCAUGAACCCGGACGAUCUGGAGGACGCUCAUCUGUGCAUCAAGUGCAACGCCACGAUUCUCGGUCUCACGAAGUACAUUGAGCACCGGAAACGGAACUGUCUGGUGGCAGAGAAGCAAAUAGCGACUCCAACCACCGAUGGACCACCCACCACCUCCACUCCCACUCAAGUUUCGCCGACGAUAAUCAGCAGCAGCAACCUGGACCACACCUACGAUGGCUUCCACUUCGCGGAACCGGAGGCGCCGAGCAGCUACCUCCGCAAAACGGCAGCCGGUCACGGGGGCAAGAGCUCCAAGUCCCUGACGGAAGCCUACGAGCUGCCGUACGAACUGGGAGCAGACCUCUUCUUCUCCUCGCUGCAACUGCAGAGCGUCUCGACGGGCGGCAAAACGGGGUCGGUGGCUCGUCAGGAGCCCAGUGGCGAUCCCCUACUCAAAGCCGUUAGAGAACAGGAUGAGGCGGUGUUCAAGCCCCUCAACUUUGACCACGAUUCCCCGGAGGCCAGCGAGGAUGAGGAGGACGAGGAGGAGCACGACGAGUUCGAUGCCGAGGAUGAGCUGGAGGAGUACGAUGCCCGGCGCCACUCCCCGCCCACCGUGCCUGCCACCCACACGGGUGGCAAGUGGAGGCCGGAGCACCGCCCGCAGCUCCGCCACCCGCACAUCGAGCGCAUCGAGCGCAUCUCGCCCAGCUGGGACGAGCCGCCCGAGGAGGCCUACACCAGCCACCCGCCGGCGGACCACACGAAGGGCAAGUGGGUGCCGGGCAGCAAGCAGCUGGAGUACCGCGAGAACAUCGACCUGACCAAGCUGGAGCAGCCGGGGGCCAGCUACUGGUGCAACAUCUGCUGCCGGCGCCUGAAGAGCCGCACGAACUACGAGCAGCACCUGCGGAGCGGCUACCACGUGAAGAGGGCGGAUGCGGAGUGCCAGCUGGAGCAGGCCACGCUGGGCAAGGAGCUCUCCCUGAGCAAGGACUUCGCAGUGGGAGCCGGCGAGGAGAAGCAGGAGCCGCGGAACCCGAAACGCCAGAGGAGGGCCAACCACCUGCGGUGCGAUCUCUGCCGGCACACGAUGGCCAGGCAUCUGAUGGGGAAGCACCUGAUCUCGCACUACCACUACCGCAGGCUGCAGCAGCAGAGUCGCCUGCGCAGGCAGUCCUGCCUGCAGGACAUCCUCAGCCACAUGGGCAGCAUUGUGCGGCACUCGCCCUUCCAGUGCCUGCCCUGCAGCUUCUACGCGAACACGGAGGAGGCCUUCCUGCAGCACUGGCAGUCCCGCGAUCACCUGGAACUCACGCAGAGGAUGGGCGGAACCUUCUGGUGCGGCUACUGCCAGUUGAGUGCGACUCCAGACUCCAUGUGGCUCCACCUGCUGCACUCCUCCCACAAGGAGGUGCUGCUGGCUCUCAAUAGAUCGGUUCCCGUGUGCAUCGCCCAGAGGAGGCGCCUCCACUGCUCCACUUGCGGGUUGGGCUUCCUGUCCAACUUCCAGCUGCGGCGGCACUUCGCCUCCGAGCACCCCGGACUUCCUCCCUCCGGAACGGCUGCCGAUGAGUACCAAAGUAGAUUCCGGUGCGAACUGUGUGGAGCUCCACAGAAGUCGCGGCUGGCCCUCCAGCGGCACGAGAAGCACAAGCACCACUUGGCGAGGUAUUACUGUGCCAUCUGUCGCCUGGAGUUCGAUACUCCUCUGGAGGCACGACGUCAUCGCAGCCUCAUGCAACACAAGCAGAACGCCAAGCCCAAGGAGUCGGACUCGCAGCCUGAGAAGGAAAUAGAGCACAUGCUAAGGGAGGUCCUGGAGGAGCCGUCUCCCAAUCCUCCGCCCAAAAGGAGUAGAGCGGUCAACCCGAAAUGUUCGAACUGCCGGAAAGUAUUUGAUUCACCUCAGGGGCUGGCCCAACAUCGAGCCGAAGCUCAUCCCACUGACAACCACUUGUGCCUGAGCUGCGGCACCAGCUUUCAAUCUGCCCAAGCUUUGGGAAGACACACUCGCAGUUGUCAACCUUUGGCCAGCAGCUCAUCCUCUGCCAAUCCAUCUGCGGCCCAAAGGAAGACAACCUUCUCCUGCGACCAUUGCAGUUUCCGAUCGCAGUACGAAUCCGAUCUGGUCUACCACCGCAUUUUCCACACUCGACCCGGAUCGAUAGGGAAAAAUGAGCUGCUGCAGUGCCCCCUGUGCCCCAAGCACUUCAAAAAGCACUCGCUUAGAGCUCACCUGAGGAACCACACCGACGAAAGGAUAUUCGAGUGCACGGAGUGCCUCCAGAAGUUCGCCAGGAGGCACAACCUCAAGAACCACAUGGCCACCAUGCAUGCCAAGAAGGAGGAUCGGAUAGAAGCCAAGGCGGUCAAGAAAAAGGAUGGCGAUCAACCCAAGCCGAAGUUUCAAUGCGGAACCUGUGGCAAGACACUGGCAAAAAAGUACUCCCUGAAACUCCACGAGCUCGCUCAUUCGAAGGCAGUGGAGCGACGACACCGCUGCCACUUUGCGGAGUGUUCGUAUGCAGGAUUGACCCCGGAAAGCCUUAAAACUCAUCUGAUCUCCCACGCCCACGGAACCCACAAGUGCGAGCGGGACAACUGCAGCUAUGUAGGAAAGAGCGAACUGCACCUGAGGAGGCACCUCAAGUCGGCCCACUCUGGGGAGGGAGGUGAUCCGGAGUGGUUCCCCUGCGAUCAGUGCGAGUUCAGAGCCCGCUCCAAGGGCCAUCUCCGGCGGCACUCGCUGCACCACUCGGGCCAGAAGCCCCACCAGUGCCCCCACUGCGACUUCCAGUGCAGCACCAUCGACAACCUGCGCAAGCACAUCCUCAAGACGGGCAAGCACCCCGGCAAGUUCAUCUACGAGUGCGGGAGGUGCUCCUCCGACCAGACAGACACGGAGAUCUUCAAGAGCAACAGCUUCAAGGAGUACCAGAAGCACUUGGAAACUCACAAAGCGGACUAAGAGGUAUGCUUUUUGAAAAUAUUAUUUUUGUAGAUAAUUUAGCGAUAGUACUUGUUGAGGUUAUAAAUUUUAAUGAAG